AUGGCCCGCAACAGCACUGUCAGCCCGUACGUUGGCCGUCUUGGCCGCAGCCAGCUGUACUCCAAGAAGGGUGGCUACAAGCACACCGGUCGCAAGCCGGCUGCCGCUGCUGAGGAGACUCCCAUUACGACCAAGGAAAAGGCGGUCGGUGGUGCUAAGAACGCAGGCAAGCGUGUUGUGCCUACCACCAAGGCGCCCCGCUACUACCCCGCCGAUGACGUGCGCACUAAGAAGGUCAGCCGCAAGACUGCCAAGCCGACCAAGCUGCGCGACAGCAUCACCCCCGGUACGGUGCUCAUCCUGCUUGCCGGCCGCUUCCGCGGUAAGCGUGUUGUGUUCCUGAAGCAGCUCGACAGCGGUCUUCUGCUGGUCACUGGUCCUUUCAAGCUGAACGGUGUGCCGAUUCGCCGCGUCAACCAGGCGUACGUGAUCGCCACCAGCACCAAGAUCGACAUCAGCAACGUCCAGGUGGACGAGAAGCUGAACGAUGCAUACUUCCGCCGUGAGAAGGCCGCUAAGGUCAAGGCGGAGGCUGCUUUCUUCGCUGACCCUGCUAACAAGGCUCCUCUGGCGGAGAGCAAGGUCGCUGACCAAAAGGCCCUGGACAAGGAUGUUCUGGCGGCUGUGAAGAAGGAGGGCCCUCUUCUGGCCAAGUACCUGGCUGCCACUUUCUCGCUCUCGAAGGGUGACAAGCCGCACGCGCUCCGCUUCUAA